GUCUCCGAGCCCACAGGCAAACCACAUCACCGCCCCCCCCCCCCCAACCACCCCCACCCCCCCCAUCUGCCCUGCAUGCUACCGACGGCGAAGACGUAUCGGAGAGGGGGGGAAAACCAAAACCCGAUAUCAUAAUUGCUGGAAGCGCGAAGUUGAGGACUUGAGGAAGAAAAAGCUGCGUCGGACCCGGGUGUCCUCUCCUCUCGUGUCCGCCCCCCCCCCUCCUCCCUCGCCGGUGCCCGCGACGCGUCGAGGGCGGCGCGGUGUGCGGUCGGAGAUAUAACCCAGAACAAAGGGAGCCUUGGAAGGCGAGGAAUGAGCGAGCCGAGGCUAGCUUCGCCACAUUGCCUUUGAAACCGGGCCAAAUGCCUGCCUGAGAGCGACGGUAGGACACCGGCGGCGCGUAUUUCUCGACGAAGCGGUUUUUUUUUUUUACCGCCCCGAAAAGGCAGAAAGCGGAAGAACAAUAAUAACAAGAAGAAGAAGAAGAAGACUGGUACAGAGGGGAGAAAGGGAAGAAGAAAACGCACACGGGGGACACACAAGUCGGCGGCUACAAUGUUUCCUCAAAACCGACCACCGGCGCCUUUGCAGCCACCCCCGGGGUCCUCGGCCUCAGUGGUGGCAGCAGCAGCAGCCGCGGCGGCGUCGGGGGCGCCCCAGUCGCUGAAGCUCACCUACCCGGAGACCUUGGACCGCAUCAAGGAGGAGUUCCAGUUCCUCCAGACGCAGUACCACAGUUUGAAACUGGAGUGUGAGAAACUGGCCACAGAGAAGACUGAGAUCCAGAGGCACUACGUUAUGUAUUACGAGAUGUCCUACGGCCUUAACAUAGAAAUGCACAAACAGACGGAGAUUGCCAAGCGGUUGAACGUGAUCUGCGCUCAGCUCAUCCCCUUCCUGUCACAGGAGCACCAGCAACAGGUGGUCCAGGCCAUGGAGCGCGCCAAACAGGUGACCAUGGGGGAGCUAAAUGCUUCGAUAGGGCAGCAGCUUCAGGCGCAGCACCUCUCCCAGCAUGCCCAGGGUCUGCCAAUGGGCCCGCACCCGUCGGGGCUGUCCCACCCCGGCCUGGCGCUGGGCGGAGGGUCCAGCUUGCUGGCCUUGUCCGGGGCUCUGGGGGCCCAGUUGGCUGCUAAGGACGAGCGAGCUCACCUGGAGGCCGCAGCCGCCGCCGCCGCAGCGGCGGAGCACCACAGAGACCGUGAAGCCGGACCAAGCUCUCUGUCCAACGGGGACAAGGGUCGCUCAGCAGACUACCUCAGCAACGGCAAGAAGAGGAAAGCCGACGAGAAGGAGUUCAUGACCGACUAUGGCAGCGAUGCGGAUAAGAGUGAUGAUAAUUUGGUGGUGGAUGAGGAUCCGUCGUCCCCCCGCAGUGUGCAGUCCUACUCGUCCAGGGAGAACGGCCUGGACAAGAUGCCCCCCUCCCGUAAGGAGGCCCCCCCUCAAGCAAGCCCCGCCUCCCUCGCCUCCUCGAGCAGCGCGCCCUCCCCAUCUCGUGGCAAAGAGCCCCCGCAGAGGGAGAAGUCCAGCACUCCGGGUAUGAAGCCAGGGACCCCCAUGUCUCAAGACUCCAGCACCCCGGGACCCAGCGGACCUCCGCAGUUCAGACCCGUCCCCGGCAAGCCCGGUGUGGACCCCCUCGCUCUGGGUCUGAGAAAACCCCUGGCGGUGCAGGGAAGCGUAUCGCCGGGGGCUUUCGGCCUGCCUCCGGGGGUCAACGGGGACCUGGGCGGGGCGGCGGGUUACGGCGCAUGUCUCCACUUAGUCUCCCCCCAGAUGAACGGAGCCGCAGUGGCGGCUGCAGCAGCUGCCGCCGGCUACGGCCGGUCUCCUGUGGUGGGCUAUGAGUCCCCACACCCACACAUGAGGGUCCCCGGGCUGCCUGCCAGCCUGCAGUCAGCCUCCUCCGGAAAACCCGCCUACUCGUUCCACGUGAGCGCCGACGGCCAGAUGCAGCCGGUGCCCUUUCCCCCCGACGCCCUGCUGGGCCCGGGCAUCCCUCGCCACGCCCGCCAGAUCCACACCCUGAGCCACGGCGAGGUGGUCUGUGCCGUCACCAUCAGCACCUCCACGCGCCACGUCUACACCGGGGGCAAGGGCUGCGUCAAGGUGUGGGACAUCAGCCAGCCCGGAAGCAAGAGCCCCAUGGCCCAGCUGGACUGCCUGAACCGGGACAACUACAUCCGCUCCUGCAAGCUGCUCUCGGACGGACGGACCUUGAUCGUCGGCGGGGAGGCCAGCACGCUGUCCAUCUGGGAUUUGGCCACGCCCACUCCCCGCAUCAAGGCGGAGCUGACGUCGUCCGCUCCCGCCUGCUACGCUCUGGCCAUCUCCCCCGACAACAAGGUCUGCUUCUCCUGCUGCAGCGACGGCAACAUCGUGGUCUGGGACCUUCACAACCAGACGCUGGUCAGGCAGUUCCAGGGCCACACGGACGGAGCGAGCUGCAUCGACAUCUCCAACGACGGCACCAAGCUGUGGACGGGGGGGCUGGACAACACGGUGCGCUGCUGGGACCUCCGGGAGGGACGGCAGCUCCAGCAGCACGACUUCACCUCGCAGAUCUUCUCUCUGGGCUACUGUCCGACAGGCGAGUGGCUGGCGGUGGGAAUGGAGAGCAGCAACGUGGAAGUCCUGCACGUCUCCAAGCCCGACAAGUACCAGCUGCACCUCCACGAGAGCUGCGUUCUGUCCCUCAAGUUCGCCUACUGCGGUAAAUGGUUUGUGAGCACGGGCAAAGAUAACCUCCUGAAUGCAUGGCGGACACCUUACGGAUCCAGCAUAUUCCAGUCGAAGGAGUCUUCGUCGGUUCUCAGCUGCGAUAUCUCCCCUGACGACCAGUUCAUAGUCACCGGCUCCGGGGACAAGAAGGCCACAGUCUAUGAAGUAAUCUACUGAACUGUGACUGGCUGAAGAAGAAGGAAAAAAAAACUAAUAAUAAGGGGGUGGGGCCAGGGCUCCCUCCUGCACCAAUGACUGUACAGAGCGCCGGUGGCAUGGAAAACAAGAGACACUCGACUUGUAUUUUGUUGUUUUGUUUACGUUUGUGAAAGAGAAGCAAGCGGGCACAAAGUCACAUCUCUGGAAAAAAAAAGAAACUUUGUUUUUAACGCUCUGAGAACGCUGGUUAGUCUAUAGCUGCGCAAUGGUGGGAUUCCUCCAAAGAACUUUUGAUUUUGUUCAUUUUUGUUGUUCCCUUUUUUUUAACAAAAUAAAACCUCUGUAGUGAACAAGAAAUUAGCAACAAAAAAAAACGUAUUUUUUUAGCCUUUUUUUUUUUUUUCGCAAACUGUUGGACGGCAACGAGUGGAAAAAGACGUGGUACUGAGGAAGUAAGAGAGGGGUUUGGGGGGGUGGAAACGACAUCUUAAUGGAAGAAUAAUCCAAAUUCUGUUCUGGUCCGGCUCCAGGCAGCAGGAUCGUGUGUUGUGAGGUUCCAGCUAUGUCUGUUUUUCGCGGAGCGUCAGCAGCAACAUGAUUGUAUCAUCUCUAGAAUAGAGGUGACAGAACAGGGCUCCGUUUUUCCUCCAAAGCGCCCUGAGAGUUUCUUUGUUCCUUUUUUUUUCUCUCUAUAAAAGAACAAAUCCAGACUUAUUGUGCCGGUGUUUUUUGAGGGAAAACCCCCCUGGAACAGAAAACCAUGACCCCCGAGGACACGGGACCGCAGCCAGCUCAAACCGCUCACUACUGGCACUCUUCAAGUUUUGUGGAUGUUGCCUCCGCUAUGUCACCAUCAUCCUUGUCACUCAAUAUGAAAUGUUUUCUUUUUUUAAUUCAUUAGGGCACAUAUAGGCAGACAGGUAUUUUCACAACUGCUUCAUGAACCUUGAACCUUGCUAUACAUGGACAUGUAAAUAAAGUUCUCUAAAGGCAAACGAG